GUCCUCCUGCUGCCCACUCUGCCACUGCCGCCCGCCAUGUGCACGGGCAAGUGCUCCCGUCUGCUCGGCCUCUCCCUGCUGGCCAUGGCCUUCGCCUGCAUCGUGGCCAAUGUCCUGCUGAUGUUCCCCAACGGAGAGAGCCACUGGCCGGCCGGCCGCAUCACCUGGCAAGUCUGGCUGCUGGGGGGGCUCCUGGGCGGGGGCCUGAUGGUCCUCUGCACCGGCUGCUCGGUGGUGCGCGCCGGAGGGAAGGGCUGCUGCGGCUACGGCUGUUGCGGGAACCGAUGCCGGAUGCUGAACUCGGUCUUCUGUUCGGCCUUCGGGGCGCUGGGGGGGCUCUACUGCCUGUCGGUGGCGUCGAGCGGCCUGGCCAAGGGGCCCUGGUGCGAGACGGCGGACGGCGAGUGGAGGGCGCCCUUCCAGGACCUCAGUGUGAGCUACCUGAGCAACCAGACCCUGUGGGAGCAGUGCGUGAACCCCCCCAACGUGGUGCUCUGGAACGUGGUGCUCUUCUCCAUCCUGCUGGCGCUGGGCGCCCUGGAGGUGCUGCUGUGCGGGAUCCAAGUGGUGAACGGCCUCCUGGGCACCGUGUGCGGGGACUGCCGCAAAGCAGCUGACCGCGGGGGCGAAGGGCUGUGAGACUGCAGCACACAACGGCAAACACUCCUGCCCCCUCCCCCUCCCUCCCCACUGGACAGCUGCGGCGCACUUUGCAUGAGGGCUUCUUUAUUGGACAGUCCAUCCGGGACAGAAAUAAACCUCUCUGGUUGUGA